AAGCUGAUUGAGCACUCUUACAGCAAACACAUUUUCAUUCGAGAGAAAAAAAAAACCCCUAUUCAACAAACAUGAACUCCGUUUUCGUCGCCCUUGUCCUGUCAGGCGUGGUGUGUGCUGCUGUCGCUGACCUGGGUUAUGGUCACCACCGCAGUUACGCAAGCACCCCGUACCAUGCUGACCAGGGUUACGGAUAUCAUCACCGAGAACCCGCUUAUGGCCACCACGCGGUUUUGACACCCGUGCACCCGACUUACAGCACGGGUUACAAACAACACCAGCACGUCGGUUAUGGUCAUCAUGGCCAUCAUCAGCCAGGCGUGGUGUGUGCUGCUGUCGCUGACCUGGGUUAUGGUCACCACCGCAGUUACGCAAGCACCCCGUACCAUGCUGACCAGGGUUACGGAUAUCAUCACCGAGAACCCGCUUAUGGCCACCACGCGGUUUUGACACCCGUGCACCCGACUUACAGCACGGGUUACAAACAACACCAGCACGUCGGUUAUGGUCAUCAUGGCCAUCAUCAGCCAGCAUACACUCAUGGUUCUCAUGGCUACCAUCACGAGCCCACAUACGCCAAAGUUCACCAUGUCCAACAUGACAAUGGCUAUGGCCAAAAGGGUCACUCAUUGGCUCACUCUGUUCAUCAUGGCUAUGGAGCACAUUCCUCUGUUGUCAAACAUCAGUACAACAAGCACUGAACCAAACAACGAAAGCAGUAUUUAUUGAAAUCGUGGCCGACGAAAUGGAAUUUUUCACGUCGUCAGGCAUUUCCAUGACGUCUAUUGUUCCUGAAAAUUUCGUGCUUUUACUGUGUGUCUUCGUGGUCUUUUGUCCUUUGUUACAGAUUUGCUUAUUUUUUGGCGAAUAAUAAAUAAUGAAUCUCUGUCUUUGAUUAUAAACAA